ACUCUAAACUACACAAAGCAUUUUUCCUUCCCUAUGUUUGCCAUGUGCAACACUAAUCAUGAUCCAAACAAGGGGAAGGAAAAACUGAAUGAAGAAUCAGUAGCCAAACAGACGAAUGAGAACAAGCGAAAGGUGAUUGUGUUGGAAGAAAAACUUGACGCUGAAUCCAAGAGUUCAAAGUGUCUCAAAAAUGAUAACGGUGAAGAAAAAUCAACAAAUUCAUCCAAAGAAAUUUCUCCAUUUGUUCUUUUUGGAUUCAUUAUUGAUCCAACUAAAGGAAAUCGAAAAGCUUACUCGUGCAAAUUUUGUAGCCAGAAGUUUGUUUCUCCACAAGCACUAGGUGGACACCAAAAUUGCCACAAAGUGGAGAGAGGACUCCAGAAAAAGAACGAAACUAUGAACAAAGUUUGGGAAUUUUUCUCUAAUGGUAAUGUGGGGUAUGGAUAUCAAUAUUAUGAAUUUGACAUAAUGAAUCACAAUUCUGAAGGGUCGUCAAGUUUUGAUGCAUGGGAUUUGCACCAUUUUCAGCAUAUAGAUCAAAACAAUGUCAAUCAACAACUUACUAUGCCUGAAAUUGAAUUUGGUUUGGUUUCAAAGGGAGGUGCGAAUAGCGAUGCUGACCAUGAACACAAAUAUGCUCAGGAGGAGGAGGAGGAGGCAGCAUCCAAAAAUAUUAAUUUGAGCCUUAAACUUUGAUUUAUAUUUUAAUUUAUAGAUAAUAAUAUGUUAAUGUAUUAUUAAGCACCCUAUCUCUCUCUAUCCUUGUGGAUUAUUUGUGAUAAAUUACUUGGGUAUGCUGUAAAGUAUUAUUUGUGGUGCAUUUAGUUUUAGUUCUUGUGUACUAAAAUUGAGUAUUAUAUAUUUUACAAGGAACAAUUCUAAUUUAAAUUAA